AUGUCUUCAACACAGGAAUUUCCAGAAGUAAAUAUCCUACUCGAAAAACUUAGGUCGAAAAAUGUUAAUGCAAUAUGGAAUGAAAGCGUUGAAUUGUUAGAAGAGUUUAAAAUCAAAUUUUCAAAAUAUUUCGAGAGUUAUCUUCUUCAAAUAGCAAACCUCAUACGUGCAAAACAUUUUGUUGAGCCAGUAUUCAAAAAUAACCUUGAUGAAUAUAUAUUAACCAUCGCACAAAUGACUAGCAGUGAAAAACAUUUUGAUAAAUCACGUGAUGCCAACAAGACUGAUGAAAAAUUCAUGCAAUACUUAUACAGAGUAUGUCAGUGUUUAAAGAGCAGUUACAUAAUCGAUGUUUUUCUUCCAUCAUUUUAUCAAUAUUUCAUUUCUGAUUCAAACGCAAAAGAUUUUUACACAUUACUCGAAUACAUACAAGCCAAAUUUGCUGAUGAUGAAUAUUGCCAAAGUUUUCUUUUAAAUUCCAUCAUAGUUUUCAUUGAAUGCGACACAAUUUUCAUUAAUUCUCUUUUUGAGAAGUUUUCUCGAAAAAUUUCGAAACGCCAAGGUGAAGUAGUUUCAGAUUUCUUCGAUUCUUUCAUCAAAUCCAUGCCAAUGAUGAGAAAAUACCAAUUCCAAGCUUUCGAACUUUUUUACAAAAAUUAUUGUGAUGAAACAUCAUUAAACGUGCUUUUCCAGACACUCAGCAAGUCAUUGUUCAAGACAUGGGAUUAUUCAGAGUUCUCCACAGCAUUCUGCAACUUUGAUUCGAAGAUUUUUACAAUAAAUAAUGUUCAGAAACCAAAAUUAGAGAGAAAAAGCGAAAUCUCUGUUGAUUUGGACUUUUCAGCACAAAUUGGGAAGUUUAGAUCUGAUUAUGAUUCAUCUCCAAAGUACCAUCGCACUGAAUUCAACAUAUCUGAUUUCUGCCGGAAAGAUUUUUGUUUUUAUGUUUCUAAAUACGAUUUAAUUCUCAUGGAUAUAAUAAAUAAACAGAAAGAAGGUUUUGAACAAGAAAUACAGAGUAUUCCUCAGAAUUAUCAGUACUCAAUGAAGUAUUACUAUGCAAACUAUUCCAUAAUCAAUGCAGCUAGUUCUGAGGAAAAGAAAAAUGAAGAAAAAGAUGAUGAGACGAGAAAAGCAGAAGUUGCAUAUAAAAACUUAAAAAUGAAAUUUCAAGGAAAACUAAAUCAAAUGAUUUCGAAUAUUCCGCGCGAUUCAAGUGGAAAACCAACAAAGGUAACUCUUAAGAUAUUGCAGCUAAUCAACAAAUCAUAUGAACGUAUGGAAAAAGAAUAUCAAGAAUUGAAGGAGAAAUAUUUUAUUUUUCCAAUUCUUGAACAACAAAAAAUUGCAAUUGAAAGAGAAUGGUUUGAUUUCACAACAUACACUUUGUACAAAUACGAAAAAACAACAGAAAAACUUAACUUCACUUAUAGUGAUAAUAAACCAAUUGGUGAUUACAUCAAACUUCAUCUCAAAGAACAUAUAAAAUCAAUGGUUGAUUCAAGAGUCAGGGUUCUAAAAAGUACUGUUUUUAAGACUUCAUUUCUUGGAAAAGAUUUCGCUACGGAAGAAAUCAAGAAAUUAAAGUUAUUCACAUUAACAUCUGAUUCUAUUGACGGAGCGUUUGUUAAUCUUGUUUCUGGAACACAGAAAUAUAUAAUCAAUGAUGCAAAAGCAACUUCACAUGUUUUGUCAUCGAUUUACAAUAUGAUUACAAUUCCACAGAUUUUUGUGAUGAUCGACAACAUCAUUAUUCCAAAAGAAACAAAGUUCCAAGGAUCAAUAGAUAAAGACAGCAAAUCUUUGUUUGAGAGAAUGGCAAAGAAAAUCAUUGAAGAGGAAGCAAAUACAAGCAAAGUUUACUUUGGAAUGAAAAUCAAAAUAUUCUGUAAUAUAAUAAAUGAAAGAAAGCAUAUGAUUGCAGGAAAAAGAGAACAAACAAAACCAAAUUCAAGGAAAAAACCACAAGGAGUAAUGUACCAGAUUUUGGAUGCUGUUGAUCAAAUAUUAAACAAUCCAAACUCUCAAAGAGAAACUCCAGCAAAUUACUGCAGUUAUUCACUUCUUAAACCUUGGAAAGAUGCAAUUGAAUCUUCUCCUGAUUUUGAUUUUUGUUGA